AUGACAUUAUUUCCAACGCUGGCCAUCAUGUGUAUUUGGACAAUCCUCCAUCAUUUGCCCAUAAUCUCUUCAAGUUUCUUGAGAUGUAAAUUAUUUAAUAGAUCAAUCCAUACACCAGGUAGUCUUAUCAAAUUUUCGAUGUCACCGCGAAUUUUAUUCUCACGAUCAGUCAUGUCUGACGAUGCAUUUAUUGAUGCCUUCAGUCGCAUUGGAUUAACCGAUAAAAAGACAAAAGAGAUCAUCAAGAACAAGAAGGUUUCAAAGUCUUUAUUUGAUAUCAUCAACGAAGCCCCCAAGCCCGAUUCCAUUUAUGAUGACAAAACCAUCUCAUUAUUGCAUGCUUUGGCAGUCGAAUGUAAAGGUGCUGAUGUUCCCAAUCGCCAUCUCGUGACCAAUGCCAUUGUAGACGGGAGGUUGAAAUCGAACUUACAAGUUUCUGAAGCCUACAAAUACGUAAACAGUCAUCCUGAUGCCAACAAUUCCGACAUGGAAAAACACUCAGGUGUGGGUGUUGAGGUCACGGAAGAUGAUGUUAGAAAGCACAUUGGCAAUUACAUUAACGAGAACAAGCAGCAGAUAGAGGCAAAGAGAUAUGCUGGUGUUCCGGCACUUUUAGGCGAAGUGAAGAAGAUUCCCGAGUUGAAGUGGGCCGCACCUCAAUUGUUCAAGCCCAUUAUAGAUGAAAAAGUUUUGGCUCUUUUGGGUCCCAAGGACGAGAGAGACGUAGUCAAGAAGGAGAAAAAGAAGAAGGAAAAAGCACCGGCUCAGAAAGAGAAAACUGAGCCAGUGAGGUCGAUGUUCUCCGAAGGAUUUCUUGGAGAUCUACACAAACCAGGUGAAAAUCCUCAAAUGUACCCUGAAUUAAUGAAGGAGCACUUGAAGUUUACGGGCGGUAAGGUGUUCACACGUUUUCCUCCCGAGCCUAAUGGAUACCUUCACAUCGGCCAUUCCAAAGCCAUCAUGGUGAACUUUGGAUACGCCAAGUAUCACGGAGGAAACUGUUACUUGCGGUUCGACGAUACCAACCCUGAAGCCGAGGAGGAGGUUUAUUUCAACUCCAUUCGCGACAUAAUCGACUGGUUGGGAUUCGAACCAUGGAAAGUCACCUAUUCUUCUGACUACUUUGACGAGUUGUAUGAGUUGGCAGAAAAAUUAAUUAACAUUGGAAAGGGAUAUGUUUGUCACUGUACAGCAGAAGAAGUCAAGGCUCAACGAGGAAUGAAGCCCGAUGGUACACUUGGUGGAGAGCGUUUCGCUUGUCCUCACAGAGAUCGUACGCCAGAGGUUAAUUUGGCUGAAUUCCGCAAGAUGAAGAAUGGAGAGUACAAAUCAGGUGAAGCCACUUUGAGAAUGAAACAAGAUUUGACAUCGCCUUCUCCACAAAUGUGGGACUUGGUGGCUUACCGAGUGUUGAAUGCUAAGCACCAUAGAACCGGGGACAAAUGGUUGAUUUAUCCAACCUAUGAUUUCACUCACUGUCUUGUUGAUUCGUUUGAGAAUAUUAGUCACUCCUUGUGUACCGUCGAGUUUAGACUUUCUAGAGAGUCUUACGAGUGGCUCUGUGACGUUUUGCAUGUUUACAGGCCGGCUCAGCGUGAGUACGGUAGAUUGAACAUCACCGGUACGGUGUUAUCGAAACGUAAAAUUGCAAAGCUUGUCAAUGAAGGGUACGUGAGAGGAUGGGAUGAUCCCAGAUUGUUCACUUUGGAGGCAGUACGUCGUCGUGGAGUUCCUCCUGGUGCCAUUUUGUCCUUCAUCAACACUUUGGGUGUCACCACUUCCACCACCAAUAUUCAAGCCGUUCGUCUUGACAGCGCCGUGAGAAACUACUUGGAUUCAACCACGCCUCGUCUCAUGAUGGUUUUGGACCCCAUUAAGGUUGAACUUGUGAAUGUUAACGACGACUUCAAGGAAGAAGUGGAGAUUCCUUACAAGCCAGGAGAUGCCAAGUUUGGUUCACGCAAGGUCUCGUUCACGAAAACCAUCUACAUUGAUCGCUCUGAUUACCGUGAUAAUGUAUCUGCCGAAUACUUUAGAUUGGCACCAGGUCAGAGCGUUGGUCUCAUGAAAGUUCCCUUCAAUAUCAGCGUUGUUAAAGUUGAUAAAGAUGACAACGGCAACGUGACAAAGAUACAUGCCAAGUACGAGAACGAGGAGCACAAAAAACCAAAGACUUAUAUCCAAUGGGUUCCAGAAGACAACUUGAAGAUAUCAGAAGUUAGAAUCCAGAACCAAUUAUUUUUGAGUGAAAAUCCUCUCGCUCUUCCUGAGGGAUACUUGAAGGAUAUCAAUCCCGACUCAGAGCUCGUGUACAAGAAUGCAAUCAUUGAACCAUCAUUUGCAGAAAUUAAGGCCAAAUCUCCAAUGAACAUUCCUAUCGAAGGAAGUGAAUUCAACAUUCCUGAAAAAGGAGGUCCAUACACGGUGAGGUUCCAGGCGUUGCGUGUGGGGUACUUCUGUAUGGACAAGGACAGCACAGACUCCGACUUGGUGUUGAACCGGAUUGUGACCCUCAAGGAAGAUUCCAAAAAGUAG